UCUUACUUCCACAAAAAUCGGGGAAUCGAACACUUCUUCGCCUUACCGAGGGCGAUUCUAAUGGCUCAGAAAAAGGCCGAGAGAGCCGAGUAUUAGCCAUUUUUCUUGUGCCUUGGCUCCUUCCCAGAUAAAUCUACUUUGGGGAAGGACAGCCGACGGAUAGUACUAUUCAACCUGUGAAUUUCAAUGUCGAGGUUUCAUAAGAGGAAUUAAUACGCGGGUACAAAGUGUUCUAAAGACAGGAGGAGAGAAUUUCAACGUUGAAAUCAGCUUCCAGGUAGCACGAUAGCAAAAGAAAACGAGGCGUCCCAUUACCACUGCAAGAAGAAACCUCCCAUGCCCUCUUUCUCCCCCCUCAGCCUCCGAGAAGCAGCCGCACAUGCCAACUCCAAGGGCAGGCCCCCACAGCAGCCGAAGGACCAGGCGGCAGGAUCGGUCGCCACUGAGGAAGGAAACAGGGGAAAAUAAAUAAGAUUUCAGGGGACGGCGAGCGACCAUGGGCCUCUUCAACCUGCCCAUCCUCGGGAAUUCCCUCCUGUUCCCCACCAUCCUCACUUCCCUCAUCGUGGGCUUCAUGUUCCUCAUCUUGUCGGAGAGGAAGCGAGUGAAGGGCGGGUCGGAGUCCCGGGGCGAUGCGAGGACGUCGGCGAAGGGGACGACGGAGGGGGCGUCCGAAGCGCGGGAGGCUGUGGAGGAGGAUGUAGGUGCUGGCGGGGAGGCUGCAGGAGGACGGGGCGAGGGCGAAGGGGCCAAGGGGGAGAGUAGUUGCUGCUCCUCGGGGAGCGAAGAGGACCUCGGGGAGAAGAAGAAGCCAAAGAAGAAGAAGCAUUCGUGCGAAGGGGCGAAGGCGUGCUCGUCCAAGAAGACCGUGUCGGAGGUGCUGCUGUGGACCGACGAGGGCGAGCAGAGCGAGGGUUGUGUUGAGGAAUUCACAAGCAGCUUUGUAACAGGAGGCCUCGGCUGCUCAACCUGCUUGUUGUUGGAUGAAUCUCGACAAAGUCUUUCAUUCUUAGAAGGUGGACCCACUUCAUUGAACCUAUUUAUGCUCACGUCCACGGAAACUUGCGACGAACUUAUAAACACAUUACUUCAGCACACGAGAAAGGAUGACGGAGAGAAAGCCAACUUCAUCUACAGUAUUGUUUGCUUGGCAGAAUCAAGCUCUGACCAGCUGCUCACGGCUGCUCGGAGAUUAAAUGACGAACUGGCCGAGCAAGGUGGAACAGAGUGGCUGCCUCCCGCUUGCAUCUCCAGCAGUGACCAGGAACCCGAGGCCCAGGAAGUGCUCUCCCCUCCAAAAUACACCACGCAAGUCUUAAAUAAAGUGAAGAAGAUUUCAAAGAAGUGUUGUGGUACCUCUUGUGGCACCAAGAAAUCCGUCGAUAUAGAAGAUCUGGCAGCCUCUCUCUUACCGGCCAUUACCCCUGUGAAAACAUAACGCCUCGUGGAAGAAGAGCUGGACGUUAGACACAGAAGGUGGCGGUGGUGGUGAAAUUAUCAUGUUUAUUAUCCUUCUGACCACCGGCCUAACUGGCAUUUCUUGAAAUUGGGGGGGAGAUCUUGGUCGUGUUAUAUAAUAAAGUUGGUAUGAUUUUAUUACUGGUUGUUAUCAAUACAUAGUAGUCAGUGAAUGUAAUUUUGCAAAAAAAAAAAAAUAUAUAUAAAUAUAUAGUUAUGAACACUGCAAUGAAAUAAGAGAAAAUACAAUGAAGUAGUUUUUUCCAUUUAUUGCUUUACCGUAGAAUACAUUCUAAUAGAAAAAAAAACAAAUAUGGUGCUUGGACAACUAUCAUAGUAUCGUCGACCCCUUACUAUGUUGUUUGUGUUUUCUUGAAAGCAUCACGGACCUUCGUCACUUUCACUCGAAGAUAUUCCAUACUGCUGUGAUAUUCGCUUGCUGUCUCCCACGUGUUUUAAGAUAAUGAGCUUAUUGUGAUAAACGUAGUGAAGUCCUCUCUCCGUGGCUGAGGUUAUCAUUACAUGACUUGGGCAUACUGUGUAUGUGUUGGGUAUUUAUUCUAGACGGCGCGAGAUGGAGGAAGUGGGGUAGGCGGAAUGGAGGUUGAAAUCACGAAAGGUAGAAAAGAGAGAGAGAGAGAGAGAGAGAUUGAGAACGGAAUCGUUGGUUUAUGCACAAGUAUAUAUUGUAUAUAUGGGACUCAUCCUGCCUGCGGUGAGUUUUUCUGUUUUGGUAUAAAGAAAGAAUAGUGAUCUGUA